UUUUGACAUUUGGUUGUUGGCUCAGUGUGUCUCAGUCUGUUCGAUUGUCGUCGUUUGUUUGCCUCAGGAUUUGGUAGCUGCUAAUUUAGUUUGUAAAUAGGAUGUUGGACUUUGUAGUCGUGUUCACAAAAGGCGGCGUUGUGCUUUGGAAUUCAAAUGAGUCGGGCAAGAACUAUGCCUCGUGCAUAAAUAGCUUGAUACGUGGCGUCAUUUUGGAGGAGCGCAACACAGAGUCCAAGUACUUUGAGGAUGAUCAUCUGGCGGUGCAGUUUAAGCUGGACAAUGAACUGGACGUGAUCUUUGCGGCCGUUUUCCAAAAGGUAAUCAAGCUCAACUAUUUGGACAACUUUCUGGCGGAUAUGCAAGUGGCGUUUCAGGAGAAAUUCGGUGGCGUUGCAGCAACAGAACGCCUCGGCAUUGACUAUGAAUUCGAGCAGGAGUUCCGGAUGGUGUUGAGCGCCGCGGAAAAGGCAUCCGUUAAGCAGGGCAAGGUGCCAAAAGCAAUGCGCUCCUACAACGAAUCGCAGAAAUCAAAGAAAACGGUUGCCUCAAUGAUGCAGGACGAUAAGAAACCGCCAUCGGUUGGCGAUAAGCGUGUCAACAUCCAGGAGAGCCCACCACCACCCAGCAAAUCGGAGCCAAUGACACCGCCACGCAACAACUCUGAUAUUAUCGCGGAGAAUCGACGCAAGCUGCGCGAGAAACUGACGCCUACCAAAAAGGCGACCAUGGAUUCAAAGCCCUUCAAAGCGACAGUUGCGGCCGAAAAGGAUCGCGAGAGGGCGGGCAAAAAGCCCAGGGUCUGGGAUCUGGGCGGUAAUUCCAAGGAUGCAGUGCUGCUCGAUCGUUCCAAGGAUGCGCCCGAGGACCAACAGCUGCAGACCAUCAAUAAUGAGCUGGUGGGCACAAUGCAGGGCAGCAUACGGGACUUGGAUGUGGAUAGCUCGGACGACAGCGAUGAUGACAGUGAGGAGGAGGAGCAGCAGCAGCAGCAACGCCAGCUCAGCCAGAAGAAGCCCAAAACCGGUGGAUUACUUUCCUAUUUCAAGGGCAUUGUGGGCGCCAAAACGAUGACGCUGAGCGAUCUGCAGCCGGCGCUGGAGAAGAUGCGCGACCAUUUGAUAUCGAAAAAUGUGGCCUCCGAAAUUGCUGGCAAGCUGUGCGAUUCGGUUGCCACAUCGCUGGAGGGCAAACAAAUGGGUACCUUCGAUAGCAUUGCGAAUAUGGUGAAAGAAGCGCUCACCCAAUCCCUGGUCCGCAUCCUGUCACCCAAACGUCGCAUCGACAUCAUACGCGACGCAUUAGAAUCGAAACGGAAUGGACGACCUUACACAAUCAUCUUUUGCGGCGUCAAUGGCGUUGGCAAAUCAACGAAUCUGGCAAAAAUAUGCUUUUGGCUAAUUGAGAACGAUUUCAAUGUGCUGAUCGCGGCAUGCGACACAUUUCGAGCCGGUGCCGUCGAACAGUUGCGCACCCACACACGUCAUCUGAAUGCCCUGCAUCCGGCUGUGAAGCACAAUAAUCGCACCAUGGUCCAGCUGUAUGAGAAGGGCUACGGCAAGGAUGCUGCCGGCAUUGCCAUGGAGGCCAUCAAAUUUGCCAACGAUACGAAAAUCGAUGUGGUUCUCGUUGACACCGCCGGACGUAUGCAGGACAAUGAACCGCUGAUGCGUUCGCUAUCGAAAUUGAUCAAGGUGAACAAUCCCGAUCUGGUACUGUUUGUCGGCGAAGCACUCGUUGGCAAUGAGGCCGUCGAUCAGCUGGUCAAAUUCAAUCAGUCCCUCGCCGAUUACUCAUCAAAUGAGAAUCCGCACAUCAUCGAUGGCAUUGUCCUAACCAAAUUCGAUACCAUUGAUGAUAAAGUGGGCGCCGCCAUCUCAAUGACCUACAUCACUGGGCAACCGAUCGUGUUUGUCGGCACCGGCCAGACCUAUGCAGACCUCAAAGCCAUCAAUGUGAACGCCGUCGUCAAUUCCCUGAUGAAAUAAACAGCGCAUCCCCUGGGGGAUCACAGGCGGAGCAGUUGCGAAGAUCAGGCUGCGAAUCAGCACGCUGAACUUAAUUCUAAUAAUGCUAUAGAUACACUAGAUUUUGUUUUAAUUAUUGUCCAUAUAUAUAUAAAUAUAUAUAUAUAUAUACAUCGCGUAAAUAAAAAUGCACUUUUUACAUUUGUUAUUCGA